AUUCAGUUUGUAAUGUUAAAUGACGACAAAAUGACCAUUUUGCUUCAUUACGUGGAUAGUAUAUUUAUGGUGUUGUGGGCCGGAUAGAGAAAGAAAGAAGAAAUAUUUCUCUAAUCUAAAAUUUCUAAAUGAAGAGUCGGGAUGUGCUCUUCGCCGCUAAGGGGUACUGGUGACUAUCGUCUGCUUUGGGAUGGAAUUGUUAAAAGUGUGUUGGCGCUGUGUCUCAUGUGCGUAAGUUAUGCAGGCGUCACUGCAUUAAAGUGUACCCCAUGUAACCCAAGCAUGUGUCCCCAUCCCCCAAGAGAUUGUCCCCGGGGCACGAUUCUAGAUGUAUGCGGGUGUUGUCAAGUGUGUGGCAAAAACGUCAACGAGACAUGUGGGGGACCUUUUGAAAUUCUAGGCAAGUGUGGGGAUGGGCUGGAGUGUGCCCUGACUUCUGAGGUCGGGGGACUGAUUACAGGCAGCGAAAAAGGGAUCUGUCGAGAGAAGUGCCAAUCUGUGGUGUGUCCAUGGAUUCAGGACUAUUUUCCCGUUUGUCCGAAAGACAGUCACUUGUUACCAAGUGUUCAAAGUAAAGAUGGUUGCUGCCUAGAACCUCCAGGAUGUGGAUGUGACAAGUGCACCCCAGAGCUGUGUCCACGUGGUCUGAGGGUGCAGGUCCUGGAGGAGGGAACAGGGACCCCUGGGCAUUGCUGCAGCAAGUUCAGAUGUGUCAAUGAUGAACAAACAACAGUGGAAGUUCAUUCUCUGUCAGAACCUAAACCUUCUGUGAUUGUUAAAGAAGAGGCAGAAAGAGAUCCAGUCAAGAACAAUAAGAAUGCAACAACCAUUAUCAUAUGUGUCUUGGCAGCCAUCGUGAUCAUUCUCUUAAUGUUACUUGUGUUUUUCUUUCUGUUCAAAUAUGGAAAACGGAAAUCAGUAAGCAAGAAAUAUUCACCAAAAUCUGCAGACAUUGAAAACGUAUCACCUGUUCAGGUUAAACUGCUUGGUUAUGAGGCAUCUGAAAAGCCAGUGAAGAAAUCUGAGCAAUCUCGGAAUGCUGAUUUGUUGUACGUCUCCAAGCUAAGUGAUGAGGAAAAACAUGUCAAUUUACUUAGUAAGGAGUUUGAUAAAACAAACUGUGUUAAAUUUGAUGAUGGCUUUUACUGAUAGCAUUGGAAAUAUCAAAGCAAAGAGGGUUGUGCAAAGGAAGACAAACUUCAUGACACUUACUUUAUGUUGUAUAAAAAGUAUUUCACUCAUCAAAGAACAUUGAUUAAUUUUAUGCCCCUGUCCCCAUUCUCAGUUUUGGUAGUGCUAUUGUAGACAAAGAUUUAAUUAUUGACUUAGAAAAAAAAUUGGUUAAGUUUUUUCGGGCAUUAUAUGAAAAUCUUGUAUAGUAGGAUGUUUCUAGUGUGUAGAUAAAAAUAAUUUUCUGAAAUCAAAUUUGAUAUACAAAUUCUGUUGGAUACAAAUUAAGGUGUCCUACACACACACACAAACAUAUAAGAGUCUUCAAAUUUUCACUACAUGUCAAAAGUUGUAUAGUAUAAAUCAUUGUUUAUAAUAUAUAAACCCAUUACUUGCAAAGCAAGACAUUUCAUUUAUUUAUUUUCAACUUUUGUGUUUUAUCCAUAUUUCAUUGUAUUGAAUAUAUAGAAAACAUGUUGAUUAGAAGAAUUUUAAGGGGUAUUCAUUGCAUAUAAAAGAUGUUGAAACACCAUAGUAAAAUUUUCAUAUUAAUAUAGAUAGUUCCUUGGAAUAUUUAUAUAAAUGAAAGAGAAGAUGAAUGAAUUGUGAAUUUCAUACUAUGAAUUUGACUGCCAAGCAGUUUUCAUUUUUCUUAAUUUGUCACCCAUCACUUUCAGUUUUUGGUUUGCAUAAUGCUGUGUAUUGGCACUGAGUUCCAUAAUGUUUAAUUAAAAUCCAUGUAGAUUGAAUAUUAAUUUUAUGUUCAUGUUUUUAUAUGAUAAAAAAUAACAUUUUCAUAUUUUUA